CUUACACUCGUCGACACGUCCUGCCACGUUGCACGGAUAAUGAGCACUCCAGCGCUGUUCCUGGUUACUAUAAUGCUUCAUACCGUCAUGUCGGCACCACAACAGAUCAGUUCCCAACAAGCUACCGUUUUGGAACAAUUCAACAACUUCAAUGGCAUCGGUCCCUGGCGCUGGAGCUUCACUCUGAGUGACGGUAGCAGGCGAGAUGAGAGUGGGGCCGUGGAGGACGGAGACCCGUCGGUGAGCGGUUCCUACAAGUGGAAGGACCCGGAAGGGUCGGUCCACCAGGUGCACUACGUUGCCGACAGAGAGGGGUACAGAACGGUGCCGGAGUUAGGCCUGGGAACGAACGCAACACUCACGCUGGUCGGAAAAUGAUCCCUGGGCCAUCAUUGCAGAAACAUUACUCACGGACGCGUCAGGCAGCCUGACGUAAAAGGUCACUGGAUAAAAGCUGCGGAAUAGUCUAGUGUAAUACUCCUUCACUAAGAAAUUAACAGAAACCCUCAACUCACAGGUAGUAUCUAGUACUAUACGAAUAAACAGUGAAUAUUA